AUGGCGCCCCUCUUGGAGAGGACCGUUACGGCAGAGAAGGCAAAUGGGGGCUGGCCCGACAAGGUCUAUGCACCGUCUGCGCUCGCUUAUAAUCAGGCUUAUCUGGUCUCUCCUGCAAUGACCGUUCAGCAGAUUCGUGACUUCAAACAGGCCUUUGACGACGCUGCGCUGCGGUCGGUCAAGGCUGGGCUCGACCUGGUCGAGAUUCAUGCAGCGCAUGGGUACCUUCUUCAUCAAUUUCUGAGCCCCGUUAGCAACAGUCAGGCCGAUGAAGUUGACUUUUUGGACGUCAGCUCAGGGGGUAUUCGCGCCAAGCAGGAAACGAGUAUUAAAUCUGGCGACGGAUACCGGGCGCCGUUUGCCUUGGAGAUUAAACGGGCUGUGGGGAAUGUCUUGCUCGUGUGUAUGGUGGGAGGUGUUAAGAAAACAGGUGAGAUUGCCGAACGAUUCCUUCAGCAAGGGCUGGAUGUUGUGAUGUGUGGUCGAUGGUUCCAGAAAAACCCUGGCCUCGUCUAUCAGUUUGCAGAUGAGCUUGGAGUGAAGAUCAAUAUGUCGACCCAGUAUGGACGGGCUUUCCAAGGUGGAAGAAAUAGGAGAUAA